UUGUGUUUUAGCAAGCAUGGAUAUCGAUACACUGCACUUUAAAAUCGAAAACAAAUACAUUGACAUGAUUACUGAAUUGUGAUACUCGUACCUGAGAUUGAUUAAUUAAUUCUUGGUCACGAUGGAACACAAAGGCCUACAAGUUUUACAACUUCAUAAAUAUCCACAAUAUUUGAGACCGUGUUGCGAACUUAUAAACGAAGAAUGGCCACGCAGUGAAACGGCAAGAAUGAUGUCUCUCCAAGCGUCCUGCGAAAAAUUACCGACUAGUUUAAUUUUAAUUAACAGUGAUAAAAUUCUUUUAGGCCAUUGUAAACUUACUGCUAUACCGAGUAUACCAAACAGUUGCUUUAUUGAAACCGUAGUAAUAAGCAAAUCAAUGCGUGGUCAAAAAUUAGGCACGUAUUUAAUGAAAGAAGUUGAGAAGUAUUGUAAAAAUGUAUUAAAAUUAGAAAUGCUUCAUUUGUCUACAAAGGGUCAAGAGAAUUUUUAUACUAAGUUAGGAUACGAAUUUUGCGCGCCAGUUUCUAUUUACGGUAGCUGCAUUCCUAGCAAUAUUGUUACAGAAGUCAGUAAUCCUAUUAAAAGGGAAGAUACUCCUGUUAAAGUGACCAGUAAUAUUCCCAUCCCACCGCCCCUACCGAUUUCAAAGCCUACAACUGUAAAUAACACAAUAAAAACGAGUAAAACAUACAUGUUUAAGUAUUUAAGUUAAUAAAAAAUGCUUUUUAUAUUUUUUUUUACAAUAAAAGUAGAUUUAGAAACGAUUA